AUACAGAGUGGAAGGAGUUAUAAAUUCCUUCCAUUUCUCAUUUCUGUCUUCAUCUUUCUACUUCUUUCUCUCUGAAUCUUCCCUAUUUUUCAUCCAAAACCAGAAGAAGCUACAUACGUCAUCCCUGUCGUCAGCUUUCUGCCAUGGCUGCAUCAGGCGCUAAAGUUGCUCUUCCACCAACUCUUGAUUCGAAAUCGCCGCAACCUCCUCUUUUCGACGGAACCACUAGGUUGUACACUGCCUACACAUGUCCUUAUGCCCAGCGUGUCUGGAUCGGCCUAAAUUACAAGGGGUUGCAGGAUAAAAUCCAAUUGGUUCCCAUAAGUUUAGAUGAUAAACCAACAUGGUAUAAGGAUGUUUACCCUCCUGCUAAGGUUCCUGCUCUGGAGCACAACAAUGAGGUGAAGGGAGAGAGCCUUGAUUUGCUGAAAUAUCUUGAUAGCCACUUUGAAGGACCUAAGCUUUUUCCUGAUGAUCCUGCUAAAAGAGAAUUUGCAGAGGAAAUAUUGGCCUAUGCUGGCACAUUUGGUGGAGCUGUUCUCUCUCAUCUCAAAGGGGGUCCUAACAGUGAAAUGAUUGCUGCCCUUGACAAAUUAGAAGAGGCUCUUGCUAAAUUUGAUGAUGGGCCAUUCUUCCUGGGCCAAUUUAGUGCAGUGGAUAUUGCCUAUGCUCCCUUUGUAGAAAGGUUCCAGCCACUGUUGUUAGAGUUGAAGAACUAUGAUAUUACAUCUGGGAGGCCUAAGUUAGGCACAUGGAUUGAGGAACUGAACAAAUUGGACGCCUAUAAAAAAAGCAAAUGGGAUAUCAAUGAACUCACCUCUGCCUUCAAGAGGCGUGUUUUGGGACUGUGAAGAUCUCAUUUUCUUGUUGGCUGAGAUGCAUUACCCGGCAGCUUUCUUCUUGAAUAAAGCGAAGAGUUAUUUGAAAAAACUUACCGGACUGACUGUAAUAAUCAUGCUUUUUAACUUCCCUAUGCUUCAGUUUAAAUAGAUAUUGGAUAUGAAGUCAUGUUUUUACUCUACAGUCCAACUAAACCUUCUAUAAUCAAACUAUGGGGAAAAAUGCUUGCAUGUCAAAAACAUGGAUUUCAUUACA